AUGGCGGCGGCGGCGGCGGCUCCGUCUCCCCUCACCGGGGUGGGCUGGGCGGCCGGGCCCGAGGCCGUCCCGCCGGGCUGGACCGCGAUCACGGUGACGGCGGAGGGCGCGCCCGCCGCGGUGGGUAAAGGCUUCGGGCACCGCGGCGGAGGGUGGUACCUGUGCGUGCGCUCCGCGGCAGGGCAGGUAACGGGGGGCACCGGCACCGGGGGAUCGGGAAUUUCCCGGCGGAAGAGGCUGCUGGUGAAGCUGGAGGAUGCCGAGGGGUCGGUGCCGGCGGUCGUGGAGCUCCAGCUCAGCUCCAAGGGCCGGAGCCUUCCCCUCUACACCAGGAUCGG